GACAAUUGGGGUUUGGGAGACAAGUGCUGAGAGGGCAAAGAGUCCCAUGGGAGAGUCCACACAGCGGGCACUGCGGGGGGCCCUGCGCUGUCGGGGUGCUGGGUGAGAAAGGGGCCCCUGAGGGAGCUGACAGGUGUCUGGAGAAACUCAUUUCGUUGUUAAAGAACUGUGUGCCCGGCUGGCACUCUCUGGCAAUGCCCCCCAGUGAGGGAGCCGGGGUGCCCCCUCUUACCCGGUGCUAAGUGCUGCCAAAUUCCCGCUGGGAGAUCCUUCCUGAGCUACAGAUUGGGCACGACACCCACUGCCGGGGGACACUUACAGAUACACAGAGGGCACGGCACCUACCUGCUGACCAGGUGCGAGUGCCAAGCGGGAUCCUCGGUGCCCCUCACCGUGUGCUGACAGCUCCCCGCACUGCGGACUGUGCCCGGAUAUCUGGCAGUGCCCGGUGUGAUAGCUGGCAGUGCCCAGUGUGAUAGCUGGCAGUGCCCGGUGUGAUAGCUGGCAGUGCCCGGUGUGAUAGCUGGCAGUGCCCAGGUAGCUGGUUGGCAGUCUUUGUGCCCAAGUUGUGGCUGGCAGUGUGUGUGCCCGGGUAGUUGGCUGUGAGGGGUUGGCAGUGCCCUCGGCGGGAUGCCCGGCAUGCAGUGACCGCGGGGAGAUGCUAGCAGCCCGGGUUCUCUUGCUGAUUGGCUGUUGCUGGCUCCUGCUGGUGCCGGUCCAGUGCUGCGGUCCUGGCCGGGGUCCGGUUGGCCGGCGCCGCCCCCCCACUCACCGGCUGCGGCCGCUCCACUACAAGCAGUUCGUGCCCAACGUGGCCGAGAAGACCCUGGGGGCCAGCGGCAAGAGCGAGAGCAAGAUCUGCCGGGGCUCGGACCGGUUCCGGGAACUAGUACCGAACUACAACCCGGACAUCAUCUUCAAGGAUGAGGAGAACACUGGGGCUGACCGGCUAAUGAGUGAGCGCUGUAAGGACAGAGUGAAUGCUUUGGCUAUCUCUGUAAUGAACAUGUGGCCAGGUGUAAGGCUGCGGGUUACUGAAGGUUGGGAUGAGGACGGUCAUCACUCUCAUGACUCCCUGCACUACGAAGGGCGAGCUUUGGACAUUACAACAUCAGACCGAGACAGGGACAAGUACGGAAUGCUGGCCCGUUUGGCAGUAGAAGCUGGCUUUGACUGGGUGUACUAUGAAUCCAAAGCACACAUUCAUGUUUCUGUGAAAGCAGAUAACUCUGUAGCUGUCCGUUCUGGUGGCUGUUUUCCUGGAACUGCAAUGGUGACGAUGAUUGGUGGGCAACGAAAACAACUCUCUGAACUGCAGUACGGAGAUGAAGUGCUGACUGCUGACGAAUCAGGACAGUUGACGUCUACAGAAGUAUUGCUCUUUUUGCACAAGGAUCUGGAUAAACUUGUCACAUUUGUUGUUAUUGAAGCUACGGAACACCCACAUAAGCUCCACCUUACACCGUACCAUCUGAUCUUCGUAUCUAGAGAACGAUCAGUAGAGUUCAUUCCAAUCUUUGCUCAUCGUGUCCAAGUCGGGGACCUAAUUCAUGUUCAUGUCAAUGGCACUCAACUGCUACCAUCCAGAGUCACAAGGGUGUCUAGGCAGGAAGGCAUUGGGGUGUAUGCUCCACUCACUGCUCAUGGUACCCUGCUAGUGGAUGGCGUGUUAACAUCUUGCUAUGCAGCAAUGGAAUAUCAUCAACUGGCACAUCAAUCUUUUGCCCCUCUGAGACUUCUCCAUAGUGUAUACUCCACUCUCCCAGAACUGGUAUGGAGCAAUGGGAUUCAUUGGUACUGCAACAUCCUCUAUGUGCUGGCUAAGCAAGUUCUUGGUUGGGAUAUGCCUUGAGUUAACCACAUGUUGAAAAUAGAUACAUUUGAAGGUGCUGCUUAAAAAGUGGGGGUUUUGCAGUUCUGGAGGGACGCGACCCAUGAUAUCCUUCUGCUGACCUAUGUCAAGGUGUAGCUUCAAAGAGUAGAUUCAACAGAGUUAUCUAAGUGGAAUAGCAACACAAUUUCCAAAUGCUCUAAUACUAACUAAUUAUUUUGUUGCUAGAAGGACAGAGGUUUAAAAACAUAAAAAGCCUUGUGACAAUAAGGGCAUUCCGCAAGUAUCUGCUAGUUUAACCCAUAAAGCUGCGUUCUUUAAUGUUAUAAUAUUUUUUCAGAUGACUGCCGUUGGCAUGUUAUAUGAAAAAGGUUAAUUAUUAUUAAAGGAACAAGGUAACUUGGAGUCAUUUAAAAGCAGAUCUUAUUAGUUUUGUUUUUUUCUUGUGAUUGUGUAAGCUUGUAAUCUUAGAGUCCACAGUCAUAUCUGAUGUAGCUGGACAGUGCAGAACAUCAUUGGCAACAAUGGAGCAUUCCUAGUAACACAAUAUUUGGCAGUUAUAGAAUGCUGUUAAAUUGUAAGUACCUUUUUGAGGCAACCAAGAAUGGCAAUCACUUGCUUUUAGAUCUUUGAGUAAGCCCUGAUAGUCUUUUAUCUUUGGCUCAUGACAAAAUGGUGAUCACUCCAUGUUUAUGUCCUCUCCAUCCUUCCUGUUGUCUCACAAGAAAUCCCAAAGCAUGGAUUCACAUCUCAGUCAAACAACAGAGACUUGCAUCACACCUGUCCCCACAGGAACAUUUUAACUAAGAACUGGUUCCAAAAUCCAGGAGGGGUUUGAGGACAAGAUGCACUGAUUAUU